ACAACUAUUCUUUGAACAAGCUAGACGUAUCAAAAGGAAAAAUGAGACUGUUCGUUGUUCUUGCCUUGGUCGCAGCCGCCUCGUGCGCUCCCCAGAACCUUCAGGACGUACAGAUCCUGCGCUAUGAUUCUGACAACGCUGGAUUAGGAUCAUACGGAUACGCAUGGGAGCUCUCAGACGGUUCCAAACAUGAAGAACAGGGACAGUUAAAAAACCAAGGCACUGAAAACGAGAGCCUCGUUGUUCAAGGACAGUACACCUGGGUCGGACCAGACGGUGUCACCUAUGUUGUAACCUACACAGCUGAUGAGAACGGCUUCCAGCCCCAAAUAGAACAGGGACCAGGUGGUGCUAUCCCUCCAGGCGUGGUUGCUUCUCUCCUUGGAUAAAAAAAAAACUAAUUAUUAAAUAGCAAAA